GGAACAGUGGAGAUAGUGGACGGUGUGCAGCUUAGUAAAGUUUUGUGGGAUUACCGAGGACAUUUGAUUCUUGUGUGCAUUCAGAUACCUAAUAAACAACCAGGAUAUUUAAUAAAGAGCAGUGUUAAACUGCUGAAAGAGGUGAAGCACAAGCCAUCCAGAAGAAUCUCCUGAAAACGCAGAAAUUGUUUGCUACAUUUCACAGACAGAUGGAGCCAAGUCCCAACAUGGAGAAACAUCAGCACUCUGUCAAGAGUUUUACUAAACAGAGUGAUAUCAAAAAACACCAGCGCAUUCACACAGGAGAGAAACCGUAUCACUGCUCAGACUGUGGGAAGAGUUUUAAUCAACAGGGUCAUCUCAAAAAUCACCAGCGCAUUCACACAGGAGAGAAACCGUAUUACUGCUCAGACUGUGGGAAGAGUUUUACUGAACAGAGUACUCUCAAAAAACACCAGCGCAUUCACACAGGAGAGAAACCGUAUUACUGUUCAGACUGUGGGAAGAGUUUUACUACCCAGAGUGAUCUCAAACAACAUCAGCGCAUUCACACAGGAGAGAAACCGUAUCACUGCUCAGACUGUGGGAAGAGUUUUAAUCAACAGGGUCAUCUCAAAAUACACCAGCGCAUUCACACAGGAGAGAAACCGUAUUACUGUUUCGACUGUGGGAAGAUUUUUACUCAACAGAGUACUCUCAAAAAACACCAGCGCAUUCACACAGGAGAGAAACCGUAUCACUGCUCAGACUGUGGGAAGAGUUUUACUGAACAGAGUAGUCUCAAAAUACACCAGCGCAUUCACACAGGAGAGAAACCGUAUCACUGCUCAGACUGUGGGAAGAGUUUUAAUCAACAGAGUAAUCUCAAAAAACACCAGCGCAUUCACACAGGAGAGAAACCGUAUUACUGCUCAGACUGUGGGAAGAUUUUUACUACCCAGAGUGAUCUCAAACAACAUCAGCGCAUUCACACAGGAGAGAAACCGUAUCACUGCUCAGACUGUGGGAAGAGUUUUACUAAACAGAGUCAUCUCAAAAUACACCAGCGCAUUCACACAGGAGAGAAACCGUAUCACUGCUCAGACUGUGGGAAGAGUUUUACUUUACAGAGUCAUCUCAAAAUACACCAGCACAUUCACACAGGAGAGAAACCGUAUUACUGUUCAGACUGUGGGAAGAGUUUUACUACCCAGAGUGAUCUCAAACAACAUCAGCGCAUUCACACAGGAGAGAAACCGUAUCACUGCUCAGACUGUGGGAAGAGUUUUAAUCAACAGGGUCAUCUCAAAAAUCACCAGCGCAUUCACACAGGAGAGAAACCGUAAUACUGUUCAGACUGUGGGAAGAGUUUUACUUUACAGAGUGAACUUAUAUUACAUCAGUGCAUUCACAAGAGAUAGAAAAGUAUCCCAAAUCUGUUCCUCUGCCAUAAAAAAUGCAAACCUUAAAUCUUUCAGACAGCCAAAAACACCUCAUCAUGCACAAAAUCUUCACUCUGUUACAAGAACUUCAUUUAAAAAUGGCUUUUUACAGGUUCAGAAAAAUGAAUCUUAUCCAGAGAU